UAUGGCUGAUAAUCAAACUGGAAAGAGAGCAUUUAUUAUAGGUUUUACCGGUGCAACUGGAAUGGAAUUACUCAAUAAUUUGGCAAAGAAUAAUAUUUUUUCAAAAAUUGUUCUUAUUGGUAGAAGGAAAGUUGACUUUGACGAUGAAGAGAUAAAAAGUUGGGAGCAGAGACUAGUCGACUUUGACAAUUUAUCAAAGCAUGCAGAUGAUUUUAAGGAUUUAGACGUGGGAUUUUGCUCAUUAGGUACAACCAGAGCAAAAGCUGGAAAGGAUGGAUUCUACAAAAUCGAUCACGAUUACGUGAUAGAAUCGGCUAAAUUGGCAAAGGAGGGUGGAUGUAAAGAGUUUCAUUACGUUAGUUCGGCAGGAGCUGAUAAGAAUAGUAUGAUGUUUUAUUUAAAAACCAAAAAGCAAGUUGAAGAAGAUCUCGCUCAAAUUGGCUUUGAUAGAUUAAGUAUCUAUAGACCAAAAAUGCUCCUGGGUAAGAGAAAAGAAUGCAGAAUAACGGAUUUCCUCGGUAAAGCUGUUUUAAAGCCAGUUAUUGCAGUAUCACCAACAGCUAUAUCUAUACCAAUUGAAAUGGUUGCAAAAGCCAUGUUGAUCAAUUCCCAGAAUGAUAUAAAAGAGCCCGUGGAAGUUAUAGAUAACGCUAUGUGUUAUAAAAUAGGUAAAGGUGACAAGGAUAUUCCAUAA